AUGCUCCCCACCACCCGCAGGGGCUUCGACAAGGGCUCGUCCCGCCCCAACCUGCUCGUCUUCUUUGCGCGACGCUACGCCGUCUUCAUCCUCGUCGCCUUCGCCCUCCUCUUCCUCCUCGCGCGCAUCUGGCGCGCAGCGCCUCUCGCCGCGGCUCCGCUGCCCCUUCAGCCAAACGAGAAUGCGCUACUUCCGGCACCACUGCCACCGCUCUACUCUGCGUACCACUUCGACGAGCUGCGGUUGCCCCAGCAUCACUGGGAGCGCAAGAAGCCCGCGCCGACAGAAAGCUUCUUCUAUGUCGCCGGUCAUGCGCGAGGGACUGGGUGGGGCAACGGCAUGGAGGAAUACCUGCUGAACGCCUAUAUCGCGUACAAAGCCGGACGCUCAUUCGUCUUUAGCAAUUAUACAUGGAACGCGGACGGCUCGUUGUACUCCGAUUACAACGGCAAAAAGAUCCCCUCCACUAUUCCCUAUAGUGCGAUUGUCAGAGGUUACUUCACCGGGGACCCUCUUCCAGCAGGCAACCACGCUCCGCAGGCUGUGAGCCGAGAGUACUACCAGAAGCUUUGCCCAAAGCCUAAAGUUUACAUCCGCGAAGACGUCCACGAUCAUAUUUCCUCUGAGAACAACGCCAAGCAGAUCACCGAUGGCUGGGUUGCGAAACUUAAAAGCACCGAAGACCCUUGUGUCCAGACUGCCCUUGGCUCCGGUCAGCUUUUCAACUACAUGGUAUUUGGAGAUAAGUACGCCAUGCACGACAUCUGGGACGAGUUCACAAGCUCUCCCAUCGUCACGCACUUCCGGUGGUCGCCGCUCGUCGAGCUUGCCUACGACAACAACCGCGAGCUGUUCAAGUCCUCCGACACCGUGGAGCCCUACUAUGCUUCCUUGAACACCCCGACGAACCGGGAGCGAUACCCCGAGAUUCCCGGCCUGCUCGCGCUUCACGUCCGCCGGGGCGACUUCGAGGAGCACUGCAUCCACAUCGGCAACUGGUCCUCGGACUACGUCGCGGUCAACAACCUCCCGGGGAUGGCUGACCAGUUCAUCGUCCCGUCGCACGAGGGCUGGGGCUGGAACACGCCCGAGAACCACGCGAUCUACCGCAAGCACUGCUACCCGUCGGUAGACGAGAUCGUGCAGCGGGUGCGGGAGGUGCGGCGCACGCCGGCGGGCAAGGGCCUCCGGCGCGCGUUCAUCAUGACGAACGGGAGCCCGGAGUACGUCAUGGAGCUCAAGCUCGCGCUCUGGCACGACGGCGACUGGGAGCUCAUCACCAGCUCGCGCGACCUUGUGCUCAACUGGGAGCAGAAGUACAUCGCGCAAGCGGUGGACAUGUUGGUCGGGCAGCGGGCGCAGGUGCUCAUUGGCAACGGGUUCUCGACAAUGACGUCCAACAUGGUGAUGAUGCGGAUGGUGAACGGGUUCCCGGUGGAGAGCACCCGGUUCUUCUGA